GGGCAGCCGAUUGAUAAGCAUCCUCAACCGCGGGGCGUAGCAGAGAGCAAAAGGCACCAGCAAUGGAUUCGUUGCGAAAAUGGUUGAACAAGCCGAAGGCCGACGACAAAUCGCUUCUGGCACGAUUUUACCAUGCUGAUCGUGCCCUGACAGCGAUUGCCAGCGAGCUGGACAGUUUCGAUGGACGGGCAGAGCCUGUUCGUUGCACACGACUUGUUAGCCGACUUCGCCAGGGACAGGACCGUGUUUUGGCGAUUACCAAUCAAAUCAUGGACGAACUACUAGGCGACGAUCGUGCACAGCGUGCCUUUCGAGUGAAAUUUCCCGAGGAGGUGCUGCAGGAAAGUCUUGCCGGGCAGCUGUGGUUCGGUGCGGAGUGUUUAGCAGCCGGCUCGUCGAUACUGAACCGCGAGGCCGAGUCGGCGAAGAUGCGUCCGCUCGCAAAAGCGGUUACCAAGAGUCUCGAGAUUGUGCGGAAUCGCCUACGAGAGCAGUGCCUUCGCAAUAACACCCCGAACAGUCCCACGUUGCGCCUAGACUUUAACGAUGCUGCAACGGAGCAGCUGUACGAAAGUCUGAAGAUAUUCGAUCGUCUGUUUGCGGAGUUUGAGCUGGUGUACGUCAGCGCAAUGGUGCAGGUGAAAACGAAACAGGAGUACGAAAUGCAAGAAUUGAUAUGCGUGCUGUUCUCGGAAACGCUCCAGCGGGCGCUAAAGAUUGGUCUGCUCGACCAGGAGCAGGUCGAUUCGUAUGAUCCUGCGCUAAUGUUUUCUAUUCCCCGGUUGGCGAUUAUCGCCGGGCUGGUGAUUUUUCGCGAUGGGCCACUAAAUAUGGAUCAGCCGGCCGAUAACAUUUCGGAGAUAUUUCGACCUUUUCGUAAGCUGCUCAUUAAAAUGCGUGACCUGUUGCACACGCUGACAAAACACGAGCUGUACCAGCUAGAAAAGUUGCUUUGCACGAACGAAGAAAUCAGUGCGAGCGAACAAUUGAUCUGUGAUGAAAAAAAUGGUGGUGGAGCAGGUGGUGAUACUACUACUGCCGGUGAAAGUGUACGAGGGGACAUUGAUGCGCUUGAGCCAGUUGGCGAAAGCAAAGAACAUGUAGUUAUUGUAACAACGACUACCAUCACUACGACGAACGCUACCGAUGGAAAGACGGAUGGAGCCGAUUCUAGCAGAGGUGAUAAAAGUUUGCAUGUAUUUAGUCAAGGUUUUGAGGUGACCACUAGUAGCGCGGGGUGUGAAGUAAACGGAAGUGGCAGCAAUGACAUCAACACUGAGUGUUGCAGCACCGGCAGAGUAAAAAGUCAGCACAAUCAAAGGCAUUCGCGACAGAGGUCGGAUCCGCGGCCUUCCUCACAAGUCUCGAAAACAGUCAGCUACGGUAGGGACACGGGAGGAGUUCAGGAAGAGCAGGAGGUAGAAGAAGACAAUAACAAUCACAUUCAGAAAGAUGUUGUUGACGAUGAUGACGAAGAUGACGAAGGUGACAACGGUCCGGACCUGAAGGAUGGGCUCGUCACUACAGACUGUGCCUCGGGAUACCUGAUACCAAACACCAACUUUGGCAAUCUGCUACAGACAAACGAGGCACCGCUUACGGACAGUUUCAUUGCGACGGACGACGAGCUGCGGUUACUCGGUACCGAUGUUGCCUCACCAUCGACACAAGCUAACAUAGAUAGCAUUCUGACCGGUGCAACAAAUUCAGUCGAUCAGCAACAGCUGGUGGACUCCGAUUCUGGACAUGGGACAGCAAUUCACAGCACGGAUAUGUCCCCGGAACUUGAGACGGAGCGAACGGUAGCAGCGACUACGGUGGAACAAAACCUUAACACCGGCGUCGAACCAUUGUCGACGGUUUCAGCAGAAAGUAAUACAAGCAAAUCCGUACGUAACCGUUCAAGAAGUCUCGGCAGCCUACAGAAACAACCCGAAAUCAGCGAAUCUUCAAGCGACGAUGAGGAGGAUGCGGAUGUCUAUGGGGCUGACGAUGUGGAUGCUGAUGAUGACGAAGACGAGGAAGAGGAAGAGAAAGAUGAAGAAAAGAGGAGUUCUGCUGACAUUAAGUUCGUGUUGGGUGGAUCGCAAAAGGACUACAAACUGUAUGAUGCCAAAGACGUCUCCUCUCGGCCAAGCUCCAGCCAAACUAAACAACCGCCGUAUAAUAAUCAUCGAAAGCAGAGCCACCAUCGGCCCCGAGCAUCUACAUCAACAACGGCGUCCUCGACGUACCGCAAACCUCAAUCUCAUCAGCAUCAUCAUCACCAUCACCACCACCAUCAUCAUCAUUCCUAUCCUGCAGCGACGGAUGCUACGAGCUCGGUUACCAGCACGACCACCACCAACAACAGUAAUGCAACGAACGGAAGCACACGCCAUAGUCGAAUGCAGCAUCAGCGCAGUUCAUCCUCCAGCUGUGAUACAUCACCGACGCAAAGCGAAUGCAGUGAUGCGCAGGAGGUAGCACUUGCUAUCCGAGCGGCCGGUCGCAAUAAUUUUCAGACAACUGAAAAUCUUCUACAUCGUCUGUUUGUGUGCAUUGCGGGUGUGGCAGAUCAACUUCAAACGAACUUUGCGGCCGAUCUGCGCAAAAUGCUGAAAAGCGUCUUCAUUAUGAAUUCAUCUCCGCCCGAGCCAGACGAACCGCCAGAAGCGCAUGCCAAUGAGGAAGAAUCGAAGGAUAACCACCACAACCACCCGUCCGAUUUGUUCGAGUUCCGCGCUAGCGAACAAGACGUCAUAACGGCUGACCAGCAGAACCACAGCGGUGGCUCAAGUCAAAGUAUCUAUUCUGCCGAAGAGGCGAACCCCGAGCAGGAUUCGGUGUUUGCAUCCUCCGGCGACUCUUCACCGGUACGCCGUACGGCCAGCGUAGAGAGCCGCAACGUGACGGUGAACGUUUCCGUGUCGGUCGUUGCGUCGUCACCGGUAUCGGUUGGUGGACCAAACGGUGGCCACAGCAGCAGUACCGGUAGUGGCCGUACUGCCCAGGAACGUAGCGUUAGUCUAAGUGAAGCGUGCAUUGUUGUCGAGGGAGGAGGGAAAUCAUCGUCCGGUGCUCGUAGGCACAGCGCAAGCGGGUCCAAAAGCGACUAUAGCCGUAGCCGCAGCAGUCCAAGCAGUCCAAGCAAUAGUAACGGCGGUGGCGGUAAUCACCACGUCAACAACACAACAGCCUCGUCCGGACGAGAUUUACACAUAGAGCAACAGCAGUCGUCCCAGCGUAGGAUGCCGGAAGAGCCACCGAGAUGGAUCCCGGAUUGUGAUGCACCACGGUGUAUGUCUUGUGCGUCGGCUUUUACACCGUUUCGCAGAAGACACCAUUGCCGCAACUGUGGCGGAGUGUUCUGUGGCGUUUGUUCCAAUCUAUCGAAACCGCUACCGAAAUAUGGUCUGACGAAAGCGGUGCGCGUGUGCCGAGACUGUUAUGUGCAUGAAGUUGGAGUGUAAUAACAG